GGCGGCGGCGGCGGCGGGGCGCAGCCAUGGGCCGGGCGCGGAGGCUGCUGCGCGGGCGCGGGCGGGCGCUGGCGCUGGUGGCCGCCGCCUCGGUGGCCUGGCUGCUGCUCGACGCGGCGGCGCUGCGGCUCUGCUUCGGCGGCGGCGGCACGGGCGGCGGCGCGGGGGCGGCGGCGGAGCGCGGGGGCGGCGGGCCGGGGGCCGUCGAGGGGCAGCGGCGCGGCCCCCGUGGCGCCCCGCCCGCGGCGCGGAGGGGCCGGGGCCGGCUCGGCGAGGCCGGGGGCUCCCCGGGGGGCAGCCCGGCCGCCGCGGCGAAACCCCGAGUAGCGCCGACGGGGAGCGGAGCGGCGACGGGGGCGGCCGGAGCGGCGACGGACGCUGCAAAACCCGAGCUGGGCGGCGGAGCUGGGCCGCGGGGGGCAUCGCCCACGCAGGGACCCGCCGCGGCCCGUCGGGACGGGCCCCCUCCCCCGGACUCGCCGGCCCCCGCGCGCGUCGGGCCCGCGGAGCAAAACGGGACCGGGGCGAGAGCGGCCGAGGCCGCGGAGGCGGCGGCGAAGCGGGGCCGGCAUCGACCCGACGGCACGCGGGCCGCCGUGGGCAGCAGGGGCCUGCCCGCCCGCGCAGCGCCCGGGGACGGCGAGACGGCCGCGGGAGAGCACCCCGCUGCCCCCGGGGACCCCUUCGUCCGCGUGAGCAAGGAGGGGGCGAGCACCGGGGGCCCCGACGCCGGGGGGAACGGCACGAGGGGCCUGGAAGGGCGCCCGGAGCGGCACCGCGAGAGCGGCAAGAGCGAGGGCAUCCCUGCGGCGCGCACGGCCGCGGCGGCCACGGCAUCCCGCAGCCUGCGGAGAGCUGCCCCGGCCGGGGGGCCGUCGAAGGGCAGCAGCCGCGUGCCCCGCACCGCGCGCAGCCCCGGCACCCACCGCGUCCUGGCCGUGGAUGCGACGCUCGCCCCGAGGGACCCCCGGGCUCCCGGCCAGUUCGGGCACGCCGUCGCCGUCCCCGAGGAUAAACAAGAGGAAGCGAAAAGUCGGUGGAAAGAAGGGAACUUCAACGUCUACCUCAGCGACCUCAUCCCCGUGGACCGAGCCGUCGUGGACACGCGGCCCGCCGGGUGCUCGGAGCAGCGGGUGCACAACGACCUCCCGACCACCACCAUCAUCAUGUGCUUCGUGGACGAAGUGUGGUCCACCCUUCUCCGCUCCGUCCACAGCGUCCUCAGCCGCUCUCCUCCGCACCUCAUCGAAGAAGUCAUCUUGGUGGACGACUUCAGUGCCAAAGACUACCUCAAGGAGAAGCUUGACAAAUACAUGUCACAGUUCCCCAAAGUUAAGACCCUUCAUCUCAAAGAAAGACAUGGUUUAAUACGAGCCAGACUGGCUGGGGCAGAGAUCGCCAAAGGCGACGUGCUGACCUUCUUGGACUCGCACGUGGAGUGCAACGUGGGGUGGCUGGAGCCGCUGCUGGAGAGGGUCCGCCGGAGCCGGACGAAGGUGGCCUGCCCCGUCAUCGAGGUGAUCAGCGACAAGGACAUGAGUUAUAUGACAGUGGAUAACUUCCAGCGCGGGAUUUUCACUUGGCCAAUGAAUUUUGGAUGGCGACAGAUUCCUCAAGAGGUCAUUGAGAAAAAUAAAAUGAAGGAAACUGAUAUAAUAAGGUGCCCUGUGAUGGCGGGUGGCUUGUUCUCCAUCGACAAGAAGUAUUUUUUUGAGCUGGGAGCGUACGACCCCGGGCUGGAUGUUUGGGGAGGCGAAAAUAUGGAGCUUUCCUUCAAGGUCUGGAUGUGUGGAGGAGAAAUUGAGAUUAUUCCAUGCUCCAGAGUUGGACACAUUUUCAGGAACGACAACCCAUAUUCCUUCCCUGAAGAUCGGAUAAGGACGGUGGAGCGGAAUUUGGCUCGUGUUGCGGAGGUCUGGUUAGACGAGUACAAGGACUUAUUCUAUGGACACGCUUAUCACUUAAUCUUGAAAAACCUGGAUGUUGGUGACCUGACGCAACAGAUCGAACUACGGAAGAAGCUUCAAUGCAAAAGUUUCAAGUGGUACCUGGAGAACGUCUACCCGGACCUGGAGGCUCCUCUCGUUAGAGCUAGCGGGCUGCUCGUUAACACAGCCACGGCAAGGUGCAUCGCUGUGGAGAACAACACGCUGGCUUUUGAGGCUUGCGAUGUCAACAACGAGGACCAGCAGUUCAACUACACGUGGCUGCGGCUGCUGCAGCACGGGGAGGCCUGCGUGGCCCCGGCGGCGGCCGGAGGAGCCCCGGGGCUGCGCCGCUGCGACGGCAGGAACCCCCGCCUCAAGUGGCUGCACAUGGCGCUGGCCCCCGGCCGGCCCCAGCUGACGGACCACGUUGUCGUGGAGCACCUCGCGCAGCCGGCGUGCUUGGAGGCGGAUCCGGCCCGCGGAGCCCUGCGGGUCGGCGCCUGCGACUCCGCCAGCCCCUUCCAGAAGUGGCGGUUUGGGAGCUACCACGUGGACUGAGGGGCGCGCGGCCAGACCCCAGCCCUGCUCUCGUCGUGGGCGUCCGCCCCCGACCUCUGCGACUCGCCACCGCCGUUACCAGACUGCGAGCUCAUUUCCAAAGGACAACUGAGAUCCGUAAUUUAAACCGGCAUAUUGAGACAUCAAAACAUCAAGCAAGAGCACUUCCAGCUUAAUGACGUUUCAAAGACAGGUUUUCACUCGCUGUGGGACACUUUGGUGAAAGCUAAAUUAAUUUUCUUUCUUAUUAAAUGGAAGUGUUUUCUGAAGUUCCCCGUCCCACCACAUGCAAGCCUCAGCUGCUGUCUAAGGACAAGGGCAUAAGCUAAUAGAAAUACUUCCAGGACUGUCAGUGUCAACAGCAAAACUGGGCUGUUUGUCCUGCCACAAUCUAAGAAAUGGAAGUUUAUUGCCCAACAUGUUAAAAAUAUCCAUCCUACGUGCCGGUGCCCGGCCCGGUCGUGGGAUCCCGCCCAGCUGGAUCUGUCGCCUCUGGGGGACCAGCUCACCUGGCAGCUGAUUGCUUACCAGAAAAGCCCGUUUUUGUUAACGGCCGGGGCGGCUCCUGCCCCAAACAUCUCCCGCCGCGCUCAGGGUCUGUGCAAACACCGGGGACACCGGGGAGCGCGGUUUGGCUGCGGAUUUAGCUGUGAAUAUUGCUUACCGGGAGGUUUUCUGGCCACGGGUUCCUCACCAACACUAAGCCGAUACCCGGGGCAGCGCGCGGUGGGAGCACAGCAGCGAGCACGGCGCGCGGGACCUGCCGUCACGCCGCGUGCAGGGGACGAGCAGCACGCGUGAGCCCGCGAGCAAACGCCUGGAAACGCGAUGGGGAGGGAGCGUUGCGGUGCCGGCCGACCUGCUGUCCUCCACACCACGCGUUCAUCAACGGCCAGCUUGGCUCUGAGUGGCUGCAGGUGGAGACCUGGCUUGGUUUGCCUCAAAAAAAAAAAAAAAAAAAAAAAAAAGUUGGAAAAACUGGGAAUAAAUGACGUUACGUGAAGCUUCUUCCCAAGCGUGUCUCGUGUUAACUCCUUUCUAGGUGUUUUCCUACCUGAUUUGCUGUCAGAGCUGCAAAAUAUUAAAACCUGAAAAACUUUUAAA